UGGUCGCGAUCAUUCUCAUUGAAUUCUCUGAAAAUUUCCUUCGUUGCUCGUUUAAGGCUUCUACUUCGCUCUCAAGCAAUCUAUUCGUCUUCCAUCUUCUGCAAGUCAGGAUUUGUAGCUAAACAAUCAUCAAGAUGGCCCGUACGAAGCAAACCGCUCGUAAGUCCACUGGAGGAAAGGCCCCAAGGAAGCAAUUGGCUACCAAGGCUGCCCGCAAGUCGGCACCAACCACCGGCGGUGUGAAGAAGCCGCAUAGAUACCGUCCUGGAACCGUCGCACUCCGUGAGAUUAGGAAAUAUCAAAAGAGCACUGAGCUUCUCAUCAGGAAGUUGCCUUUCCAAAGACUUGUUCGUGAAAUUGCGCAAGAUUUCAAGACUGAUUUGCGAUUCCAGAGUCACGCAGUGUUGGCUUUGCAAGAGGCUGCAGAAGCAUACCUUGUUGGGUUGUUUGAAGACACUAACUUGUGUGCCAUACAUGCAAAGCGUGUUACAAUCAUGCCGAAGGACAUUCAGCUUGCCAGGAGGAUUCGUGGUGAAAGAGCUUGAUUUUCUGGUGCUUCAGUUCUUAGGAAUUGGGAUAUGGAAUAUGGAACUUGUUUUGUUUUUUUUUUUGGGGUUCAAAUUUAGCAAAUUAUAAUUUAUUAUCCUUAGCAGGACAAGAAUCUAAUUGGUAGAUAUGUUGUUGAAUAGAUUUUGGAAUUUGUGUUUGGUUUAAACAAAUGCAUUUUAGUUGUUAAACUUUGAUGUGAA